UUGGGCAGUUUUUUAGCUCCGGGCUCGGACCUUUUUCAAAAUUCUUGGCUGCUCCCAGGGUUUUUUCUUUUGGCUCUGAAGCUAUCUUCCGGACCUGUUUCGAACUUUAGAGGGUUUUUUUUCUUUUUUUUCGUUUUCCGAUUUUCUAAGAUCAUUUCGUUUUCGAAGCAGUCCUGUGUUCCGGAUCCAUCCCCAACACUUGUGAUGAUAAGGGGAGAAUACUUGUGUAAAUAAUUUUUUCUUCUUUAGGUACUUUGGGUGGUGCUGUCUCUGCAAUGGGAUUUUUCAGCGAAAAAUUUGUCAAGGCAGCCUUGCGUGUCUCUUUACGUCAAUUAAAAAUUGCUCAAAUUUUGGGUGAUCCACUUUCUAUUGCCCGUUGUUAUCUUUACAUUUCACUUGGAUUGGCACAAGAUGGGCAUUUUAAAAAGGCUAUAACAACUGUUAGGGGUAUUUGGAAGGAAAAUAUUAUUUCUCUUCAUUCUGAAUUUCUCAAAAAUUGUACUUUGGGAGUUUGGAUGACCAUAAAAUGGAUAAAAACGAGAGAAAAAAACAUUUUAAGUUAA